AUGCCGUCGCCGAUUCCGAAGCCGAAAGGUGUUCCCAUCCUGGGAAACGUCUUCGAUCUCGAUGGCAAUAAUACCUGGGGCUCCUUUAACAAACUAGCCAAGGAUUAUCGUCCCAUCUUCAAAAUCAAUAUCCUCGGUAAGGAUAUCGUCUUUAUUACCGGUGCCCACCUACUAGAGGAGGUUUGCGACGAAACGCGCUUCCGCAAAUGCGUAGCUGGCCCUAUCCUAGCCAUCCGCGAUGCGGUCAAUGACAGUUUGUUCACGGCAAAGCACACUACAGAGGAAAUAAUAUCAUGGGGUAUUGCACACCGCAUAAUGGCGCCUCUUGUCUCGUGGGAAGCUGUUGAGCAGGUAUUCUCCGGCAUCCAGGAGACAACUGAUGACCUGAUCAAGAAAUGGACUACGGGAUCCCGGCAACGUAUCAAUGUGACGAACGACUUGGAUCGAUGCAACCAUGCCGCAAACAUGCUUUGCUUCUUCGAUCAGCGGGUACAUAUCAUGGAGGGUCCUGAACCUGCGGUCAUCAAAGCCAUGGGCUGUGCUACCAAUGAGGCGAUGCACCGACCUUUCCGUCUCAGGAUAGUUAACUGGCUGUUCCACAGCCGUAAAUGGAACGCAUGGAUCAAGACUAUGCGAGACUAUGGAAAGGAUAUCGUUGAGACUCGCAGGGCGAACCCAACCGACAAAAAGGACAUGCUCUAUGCGUUGCUAGAAGGCAAAGACCCGGAGACCGGCAAGGGUUUGACCGACAGCCAGGUGCUGGAUGAGAUCAUCAAUAUCUUCAUUGGUAGUGCCACAGCACCCAACCUAAUCGCUUUCGCAAUGUACUAUCUGGCGAACAACCCAGACGCGGCUGCCAAGGCUCGCGAGGAGCUGGACGCUGUGGUCGGUGGACCUUCUGUCAGGAUUGAACAUGAGCAUCUUGCUCGCCUCCCCUACACCGAAGGUGUCUUGCGAGAAUCCUUCCGACUAUCUGGCGUCGCCCCCGGCUUCAAUAUCGAACCUAUCCCUGAGAAUGAGGGCCCGGUCCUGCUCGCCGGUGGUGAGUACGAAGUUCCCAAGGGCCAGGCCCUGAUCGCCAUCCUAGCGGCCGUCAAUCGUGAUCCGGCCGUCUUCGAAGACCCCGAAGCGUUCAAGCCCGAGCGUAUGGUCGGUGAGAAUUUUGACCGACUCCCGAAGGGCGUGAAGAAGGGUUUUGGGAACGGUAAGCGCGAGUGUAUUGGUAAGCGUUAUGCCUGGCAAUGGUCCUUCAUGGUGCUGGCCAGUAUCCUCAAAGAUGUCGAGUUUGAACUGGCAGACCCGAACUAUAAGGUGGGCAACGACGGUGUGAACUGCAACGGAGCAUUCAGUGUGCGGCCGCAGGAGAUGUUUGUGGUAACUGGACCGAGGGCUCGCGCUGCCUAA